AUGUCACAUAGGGUGAAGUGUGCAUUUGGUAAAAAAAGAUGUGGCAGUUUGAGGAGGACAAAGACUGUUCACCAUAAAGACAAAGUUGUGGGAGGAAGGGUUGAUGGCGUCAGGACCGAGUUUCAAAGUCAUUUUAUGAAGUUGAGAAGUGGAAGAAGAAUGGCAAAUGCUGUAGACUUUGAAGAUGAAGAUGAUGAUGCUUGUGAUAGUGAUAAUGAAGACUCAGAUUAUAUGAUUCCCAAAAACUUCAGUGAAGAUGAAGAUGAUGUUUUUUUUGAUGAAUGGGUGGAUAACCAAACUGAAUGGACAGGGAUUAAAGAAACUGGGAAUGAGGCUACUCCUGAUUGGCCUACAGAUGUUGAAUUGGAUUCUGAAGAUUCUAAGGGCAGGGAUUAUGCCAAGUAUAAUUCUGAUGAGGAAGUUGAUAAGAAUUGGCCAGAGUUCAAUGCUGCAACUGACAUGGCAGAUUCAAAGUUUGAGAUUGGGAUGUUGUUUAGUGAUUGUAAGGUGUUUAGGGCAGCUGUCAGAGAAUACUCCAUAUUGUAG